AUGGCGUCAUGGGUGAAGCCAUGUCGAUGUCGUGGUUCGACAAAGUGGGUGCACCAGCGGUGCCUGCAGCGAUGGAUCGACGUAAAGCAAAAUGGCGAUUUAACCGCGUCUGUCGAGUGCCACCAAUGCCGGACACCAUAUCGGAUCAAAUAUCCACCGAUGAACUUUCUCAUGCGUUUACUGAACAGCAUUGACCAAUCGGUCAGCAGGUUCUGUCCGUUUCUGUCCGGUAUAAUUGUCUUCGGUUCGGCGUACUGGAGUGCAGUAACGUAUGGCGCUCUAAUUGUGAUGCAGAUUGUCGGAAGAAGGCGCGGGCUCUCGUUAAUCCGUCGUUCUGAUCCGUGGCUGUUGCUGCUGGCGUUGCCCGGCAUCCCCUUGUCGCUGAUCGCCUGCCACAUGGUACAGUGGGAAGACCGAGUGACUAACUUCAUUGCUAAUCUGUUGUUGGAAGUACGACGUUCUUUCGGUGAUCUAUCAAAUGCCAUCCUGUGUUUCGUCUUGCUUGUAGAAACCUGA